CUCAGGGCCCGCGGGUUUGGGAGACGCCGACCGGCCACCCCCCACCUCCGCCCCCGGCCGCGCGGCCCGCUCCCUCCUCCCGCGGGCGGGAGCUGGGGCCAAGUGGGCGCGCCCGGCCCGGGGCGGGCGGGAUCCGGUGUCGGCGGCAGCUGCCAGUGCGGCGGGCGCGGGCGCGGAGCGAGCGGCCGGCGGGGCCGGCUAUUAAUAACGCGGCCGCCCAGCCCGGGGUCGCGCAGCCAUGGCCAGCCCGGAGCCCCGGCUCGAUGGGGACGGCGCCGCCCAGGCCGCGAGAGAAACAAGAACGGAAGCCAGUUCUUCUCUCGAAGAGAACUCUGAAUCCCCGCGUGAGGUGGGGACUUUGAACCCAGAAGUUACUCUGUCUUUGGAGGGGACCUUGAACUUAGAGGACAUUCUCCACCUGGGGGACACAGGUGACCUCGAUGAGACACUCUAUGUGGAAGAGACGGAGAAGCCUGAGGAGGCACUGUAUAUCGAGGAGACCAGGCAACCAGGGGAGGCCCUGGAGAUGGACGAGCCUAUGAAGCCAGAGGAGAUACUAUAUGUGGACGAGCCCACGCAGCCAGAAAAGACCACAAGCCCAGAGCAGACCAGUUCCGGGGGAGAGACGGUCACAAGCGAGGAGAAACCCAGCCCUGAGGAGAGCCUCCAAGCCGGGCCUGGUCCCAGCACAGACAGCCUGAGCAUAGAGGACCUGGAAUUGCUAGAGGAGCGUUUCCAGCAAUGUGUCCAAGCUGUGGCCCAGCUGGAAGAGGAGAGGGAUCAGCUCAUCCACGAGCUGGUGUUGCUCCGGGAACCAGCCCUGCAGGAGGUGCAGCAGGUCCAUCAGGACAUCCUGGCCGCCUACAAACUGCACGCCCAAGCAGAGCUGGAGAGGGACGGGCUGAGGGAGGAGAUCCGGCUGGUCAAGCAGAAGCUGUUCAAGGUGACGAAGGAAUGCGUGGCCUGCCAAUACCAGCUCGAGUGCCGCCGGCAGGACGUGGCCCAGUUUGCCGAUCUCCGGGAAGCGCUGACCACACGGGCAGCCCAGCUCUCGGAGGAACUGGCCCAGCUCCGGGACGCCUAUCAGAAGCAGAAGGAGCAGUUACGGCAACAACUAGAAGCACCUCCCAGCCAGAGGGACGGGCACUUUCUCCAGGAGAGCCGGCGGCUCUCUGCCCAGUUUGAGAACCUCAUGGCAGAGAGCCGCCAAGGCCUGGAGGAAGAGUAUGAGCCUCAGCUGCUGCGGCUCCUGGAGAGGAAAGAAGCUGCGGCCAAAGCGCUGCAGAAAACCCAGGCCGAGAUCCAGGGGAUGAAGGAGGCUCUGAGACCCCUGCAAGCAGAGGCCCGGCAGCUCCAGCUGCAGAACAGGAACCUGGAGGACCAGAUCUUGCUCGUGAGGCAGAAACGAGAUGAGGAGGUUCAGCAGUACAGGGAACAGCUGGAGGAAAUGGAAGAACGACAAAGGCGGUUAAGGAAUGGGGUACAACUCCAGCAACAGAAGAACAAAGAGAUAGAGCAGCUAAGGAUCAGCCUCGCCGAAGAGCUCUCAACUUAUAAGGCUAUGCUAUCCAAGAGCCUGGGACAGGCUAACGCUCCCACUUCUCAGACAGGUGGAAUCGAGACACAGUCUCAAGGGGCUGUUUAGAAACAUAUGGCCAAAUCUGCAAUCCAGAAACAGCAACACAAAACUUCUUAGCAAAGGAUCACUAAGUACCCUCUGGACAUACUUUUUUUCCAAGAGAAGGGAGUGCCAGGGACUUGGCAAGCAAUUCACCCUGGGAAAGUUACAAAUACUGGCUGACCUGUUUAAAAAGAUUCUAAGGCUGGCUGGAGGCAGAACACCAUCAGUCAAGGCUUAGGUGGAGUCUAUUUCAUAGGCUGCUGGUACCAAGCUAAAUGCACUUAGCAACGGAAAAAGAAGCCUUCUGUUCUCCAGCAGCAACCCCCACGUGCAGAGUAAAGGAUGGAUGUAUGGACACACUUUACUGUUGUGAAGAAUGUAUCUUGCCUUGUGUUGGCCCAAAACAAAAACCUUUUUUGGAGCACAGGUAGGGUCAAAAAGGCAGCCGAUUUUCAUUAUAUGGGUUUACAAUUUGAAUUCUUUUGUGCCAUGAGUAUUAGACUUUAAAAUGAAUCCUUUUACAAAGUUUAA